UUUUGGUCGUGGCCGAUGCUGCGCGAUCAUGAUGAGUCAAUCACGGAAAUUUACCCAAUUUUUUGAACUGCCAAAAGUCAUUGCUGCUGAAUUGCCAAAUUCCAACAACAUGUUUGCUAAACGACUCUGCACACAUCGACAGAGACUUUUCAACCCCUUCCCUUCGCACAUAUCUCGUCGAUUCCUCCAAGUACCUGUCAACCAAGUCAAACGAGGGGCGGUCAUUGAGCUGCGAGACAGAAUAUGGGUGGUAAACAAUUACACACACCACACUCAGGGGCGAGGAGGAGCACACUACAAGUUUGAUUUGCGGGAUGUAACUGGAUCUGGGAAGGCGUUGGAGAGGUUUAAUUCCGGACAGACGGUGGAAGUUGUUGAGCUGGAUACAAAAGAGCUGCAGUUCUUGUACCUAGAUGACCAAGAGCUGCACUUGCUAGACAAUGAAACCUUUGAAGAGCAUGCCUUUCCACUUGGUAUUUUCAAUGGCGGUGACAAAGCGAUACCGUUUCUGCAAGACGGAAUGCGGAUUGAAGUCGAUUUUCAUGAAACAAAGCCCGUGGUCGUAAAGAUGCCAGAGCGAGGUACUUACACCGUGGUGGACACUCCACCUGUUGCGUCGAGCGGAACUAACGAGAGCAAGGGCACCAUGUUCAAAGAUGCGACCUUGGAUUCUGGGGCUCAUGUUAUGGUCCCAGAAUUUGUCAACAUUAGAGAUAAGAUUGUAGUAGAUCUUGGAGAGUACAGAUAUGUUACGAGAGCCAAAUAGAUGAUGGGACAGUUGAGAUGGGAACACCAAUCUCAAGCAUGCGGUUUUCAAAAAGUUCACAAUUGUUCAAAGUGGGUGACAUACGGCGAAGAUCAGUAAACGUAUUACAAUAUUCUCUGUUAAAACUGAUGAUGAUAAUUGACUUGCGAUACAAAAUUUAAAAGAAUAUCUAGCACAAAACAACUACUUGCUAGAUUUGCUCCCUUCACUGACAGGCUCGCGAUAAACUACGACUGGAACCUUGGAAUGGCUUAGGACAUAACUGCUUACGCUACCCAU